CUCCGGCAGGUGUUCUCCCCGACAUCGAGCAGUAUUUCGGGAUUGACGACGGGAAGUCCGGCCUGCUCCAGACCGUUUUCAUCUGCAGUUACAUGUUCCUGGCUCCGGUCUUCGGUUACCUGGGCGACCGGUACAACAGGAAGUUGAUCAUGAGUGUCGGCAUCACGUUCUGGGCUGUGGUGACUCUGGGCAGCUCCUACACCCCCAAAGAGCAUUUCUGGGUCCUGCUGCUGACGCGGGGCCUGGUGGGCGUGGGCGAGGCCAGUUACUCCACCAUCGCCCCCACCAUCAUCGCAGACCUCUACGUCAAGGAAAAGAGGACCUACAUGCUCUCCAUCUUCUACUUCGCCAUCCCUGUCGGCAGCGGACUCGGGUACAUCGUGGGCUCACAGGUCGGUAACCUGGCGAAGGACUGGCACUGGGCCCUGCGGGUCACUCCGGGGCUGGGCCUGAUCGCCGUGCUGCUGCUGAUUUUCGUGGUCCAGGAGCCUGAGAGAGGAGCCAUAGAAGCCCAUCCGGAGCAUCAGGUGCACCGGACCAGCUGGCUGGAGGACCUGCGCGCCCUCAGCAAGAACUCCAGCUUCGUGCUGUCGACCUUCGGCUUCACGGCGGUGGCGUUCGUCACCGGCUCGCUGGCUCUGUGGGCGCCGACGUUCCUCUUCAGAGCCGCCGUCUUCAACGGGGAGCGAGCGCCCUGCGUGGAGGGCAACUGCGCCUCCUCAGACAGUUUGAUUUUCGGAGCCAUCACCGUGGUUACGGGUGUGCUGGGCGUGACCAGCGGCGUGCUGAUCAGUCGGCAGCUGAGGAAGAGGACGCCCCGAGCCGACCCGCUGGUCUGCGCCGCCGGCCUGCUCCUCUCCGCUCCGUUCCUCUACCUGGCCAUCGUCUGCGCUCAGGGCAGCACCAUCGCCACCUACGUAAGAGACCUCAGUUGAGAAACAUUUUUUCUCCAGUUUUCAGCUGAAGUUCACAGCGUGUUGGAGGGUUGAGUCUGUAACGCAGCGUGAGGUUUGAGAAACCUUCGCCAGGCUCUGUGUGUGACCCUGUUUGUCUCCCAGGUUUCGGACGCCCUGAGGAAGGAGGACUCGUUCCUGUGGCAGUUCCGCUCCCUGCAGCUCUCCCUGCUGCUCUGCUCCUUCGUGGCCGUGAUCGGCGGAGGCUUCUUCCUCGCCACCGCCCUCUUCAUCGAAAAGGACCGCCAGCGGGCAGAGAACUACGACUCCACAGAGGACGAGCCGAUCGUUGUCCCGAAGAGCGGCCGGUCCACCAGAGUCCCGGUGUCCAGUGUCCUCAUCUGACCACACACACACCCGCGCUCAUCGUAGUUUUUAAGGACUGAGACCACCGAUUGGACCAUCUGCCAUGCAGAGAAGUUUAUUUUUAAACCCUUGAUAUGAUACUUUUUUAUGAUUUUACCGUGCCGGGGACACGCCGCUCUCACGGAGGUUUUUCCAGGACUUUGUUGGACAGGAUGUCGAGAGACUCUGCAGAGAAGCAACAGAUCUCUGAUCAUCUCGUAACCGAUGGAGAUCCUUCUCUCCCUCAGAGGGACCCUGAGUCGGCUGAUCUGGGAUCAGCCGGAGAUCCAGAGACAAAAUCAUUCAUAUCUUCUGUAACCACAACCAAAACAGGGCUGCAUCCUGCUCCCACAGUUAUUUUAUACACAGGAGACGCUUUAUUAAUCAGUUAAUAACCCCGUGUGUUAUGUGUCCAACAUUUGCAACACUAAUACUCUUAAAGUCGUCCAUGAAGCAGGAGAAAAGGCUCCAAGCGGUUAGAUCAUCUGUUUAUCUUUUACAUAUGUUGCUGCUGUUUUUGUAGUUUUUAGUUUGUGUAGUUGGAGACGUUCCCGGUGUUAAAGGGAGUUUUAAAGAGCCGGGGCGUUUCUUUUGCUUCGCGUCAGGUCGCAGCUCGGCGGGCUUCAGAGAGCUUCACCAAGUCGACUGUCCCAGUCUGUCUCUGCAGGUAGAGCACACGCUGCAACACUUAUUCUUAUGUAAAAAGAAAGAAAAACACCUUUUGGAUCAAUGUUAAUAAUCAAAGAUGUUUGUUAACCUCAAAUUAUUUUAGCAAAUCUGUUUUUUGAGCUAUUAAACAGGAAUUAACUUUG